AAAUUUACGCAAGAAUAUGCAACGUUGCCUUCUUCUUGUAUUUCUCUCCAUUUUUCAUAUAGAUAUGAUCUUUCGUCAUCGCACCUAUGGAAACCGAUUCAAACCUGCCACCUUUAUUGUUUUUCCAGGUGCCAGCUGGCAGAGGAGAGAUCUCUCGCGACAUACCGCUCCUCGUAUAGCGCUGCUUUAUGGGCGAAUAAUGCCACGAUAAAACACGAAAAUGAUGCAACGAAAAACAUGACACUGAGCGCAGAGAAUGCUAAAGAGAUUUCAGAAAAACAAACACACGAUUCAAAGUCCUUAAGGUGCCAGGAAAAAACUGAAUCGACAAUUCUGCGAUCAAUGAGUGAAUCUGUAAAGGACUAUAUUUGUGAUAAUUGCCAACGUGUCUUUAAAAGAAAACACCAUUUAAUUCGCCAUAUGACAGCCUGCAAACAUCACGAUUCGGCCAACGAAGAGGACUCGUCAAGAACGUAUGACAAAAUGACAGAAAAUGAAAAGAAGACAGAUGACAGUAUAAGGAAGAAAACAUACCGGCUGAUGGAAGAUACUAAGAACACAAUGACCGAUGAAGAAUCUUGUAAUCUUCCUUCAGCAAAACUGCGGAAACGAUCCAGACUUCAUCGAUGCGUCUACUGCGAGCACGUCACGGAUAAGAGGAAAUUGUUAAAUGUUCAUUUAGCAGAGGCACAUCCUGAGGUCGCCAGAAAAAGUCGGAAAUCCUUCGUGGCCACGGAGACGAUAUUACGUGCUCGAAUAGAACACGAUGGUAAGGUAUAUUAUCAUUGCAACGAAUGUGGCAAGAAUCUGAAUUCGCCAUAUACUUUCUACUGGCAUUUACGCAUCCACACGGGUGAACGACUGUUUACUUGUCACCUCUGUGGCAAACGAUUCCGCGUAAAUCAGGGUCUGGCACGACAUCUGAGGGAGACUCACGCUGGUAUCAAGAACAUACCCUGCGACCUAUGUGGCCGUAUGUUCUCAACGCGGCGGAACGUUGAGGAUCACAGGCGUAUUCACACCGGCGAGCGGCCGUACGUUUGCAAUGUAUGCGGCAAGACGUUCAAGCAGAAGGCCUCCUUGUUUGUGCACAAUCGCACGCACACGGACGUAUUUCCAUUCAAGUGCAGCCAUUGCGGCCAGACCUUCCGCACACGACCGCCGCUAUUGUUGCAUAUCACCAAACACACCGGUGAAAAACCACACGCGUGUGACGUUUGCGGCCGUCGCUUUCGUAUUAAAUAUGAGCUGAAGCGACACCGAUUAAUUCAUUCCGACGAGAAACCUUGGCGCUGCACCGACUGCAGCCUUUCGUUUCGCCAGAAGCGCUACUUAGUUAAUCAUAAGAAACUAAAUCACGAACCGCCACCCAGCUCGGCCGCUACCAAGUAACGAGCUGACUCUCUUUUCAGAUGGACGUGCCAGAUAUCGAACGACGAGUCGAAGAGAGACGUACAAAUCAAUCAAUCAAG